CGGAACCGAUGACGUUAUUUCCCCUCCAAGUCAGCUGAGUUCCACGAGCUGAAAUAAGCUGGGCUUAGUGCGCGAUCGCCAAACGAGGCGUUAUUGAUCUCGCGCGUGAUAGGUAAGUCACGUGGUGCAGUGUCAUGAAAAGCGGACGGUCGCGGAGGAAUUCACGGCGCCGUUAGCGGGGUUUGCUCGGUCUCGCGCGUCGCCUCCGGCAAGCUAACACGACCCGCGGAGCUGCCCUGUCUCGUGCAGUGACUACCAGCAUGGAUCCCCUAGGAGCUCGCUCUCAGUUUGUGGAAGUCCAGAAUCUUCCCACGUGGGAUCAGUGUGAUGGAGAAGAGGAAGGGGAGGCUUCUCCGAGAGACGAGGUGGACCGCCUCGACGGCUCCUGUCUCUCGCCGUUCCCCUUCAGGGAGGAUAUUAACAGGAAGAUCGUUCUCUUCAAAGGCGAUGUGGCACUUUUGAACUGCACUGCUAUUGUCAACACGAGCAACGAGACCCUGAUGGACAAGAACCCCAUCUCAGACAGCAUCCACACACACGCUGGCCCUGAGCUCCGGGACGAGCUUUUCAAACUGAAAGGCUGCCGCACCGGUGAGGCCAAAAUGACAGAAGGUUUCCGCCUGGCCGCACGCUUCAUAGUUCAUACGGUCGGACCUAAGUACAAGGCCAGAUAUCGCACAGCUGCUGAGAGCUCCCUGUACAGCUGCUACAGGAACGUCCUGCAGCUUGCCAAGGAACACGCCAUGGUCUCCGUGGGUGUGUGUGUGAUCAGCACGGCAAAGAGAGGAUACCCCCCCGAAGAGGCCACUCACAUCGCGCUGAGAACCGUGCGCAGGUUUCUGGAGAACCACGGCGAGAACAUCGAGACGGUGGUGUUCGCCGUGUCGGACGUCGAGGAGGCAGUGUACCGGAAGCUGCUUCCGCUCUACUACCCCCGUUCCAGGGCGGAGGAGCUCUCCAGCCUGCCCCUCCUCCCUGCUGAUGUCGGGAACAGGGAGGGUGAGCCAGUGGUGCCCGAGAGGCAGAUCCGCAUUACUGAGAAGCCCGGCAGCCUGCCCGACGACCGCGAGGGCAGCGGCCUGGGUCUGGGUCUGGGCCCAGUGGGCAGUCAUGCGUUUGCGCGUAUGGAGGGUGACGUGGACAAACAGCGGAAGCAGGUCCUACAGCGUCAGCUCUCUGAAGCAGCACAGCACAAGCAGCAUGAAAGGAACUAUAACCGGUGGCUGUUCAAAGCUCGUGCGGAGGAUCUCUCUGACAUAGCUGCACUGAAGGCCCUCUACCAGACUGGUGUUGACAUGUGUGGCAGAACCGUCAUGGUGGUUGUAGGCAGAAACAUUCCAGUAAUGCAGAUCGACAUGGAAAAGGCCUUGUUGUAUUUUAUCCAUGUGAUGGACCACAUCACGGUGAAGGAAUACGUGAUGGUGUAUUUCCACACUCUCACUGGUGAGCACAACCACCUGGACACCGACUUCCUCAAGAAGCUUUACGACAUCGUGGACGCCAAGUUUAAGAAGAACCUUUGCGCGUUCUAUUUCGUUCAUCCCACGUUCCGCUCCAAGGUGUCCACAUGGUUCUUCACGACAUUCAGUGUUCCUGGCAUGAAGGAGAAGGUCCAUCAUGUGGAGACCCUCCAGCAGCUCUUCCGCUGCAUCCUGCCUGAGCAGAUCGACAUCCCCCCCUUUGUGCUGGAGUACGACACCAGGGUGAAUGGCUCGUUUCAGCCCUCCCACUCAGACCUGUGAGACACACCAUGCUGGGUGCCAUGGACACGCUCACCUGCACAGCUCAGGGUCCUGCAGAGCUCCGGGCUUGGUCUGAAGCGCAGUGAACUUUGACUGACUGACUGGGGGGUCCCACGCCCACUCCAGAGAACGGUGAGAGACUGCUGAGGUCGCUGGCUCCUCAACCCUCAACCUUUUGCUGUUCCGCCCUGUGCGCCAAGGACCUGCUAGUGCUGCGGACGUGUUUAAACUGGUGGCGUCUCGCUGACGUCUGCGUCGCUGGCCAGACGCCAACACGGCGUGUGUGUUUUUGUGCAUGCAUGCUCGUGUGUGUGUGUGUGUGUGUGUGUGCGCUAGUGCGAGUGUUUGUGAGAAGAGUUUUUGACAAAUAUUCUGAAAUAUCAGUACUUCUGAACCAGUGUAAUCGUCUGUCCUGUCUGGUCUCACACUACGUGUCUCUGAAGUGUAAAGUCUCCAGUUAUUUUCUUUUCACUCACACAUAGAGCAGGAGAGUUGGGCUUUGUUGCUGCGCUGAAAUGUCUGCGUACGCCGUUUCACGGUUCUGUUUCACAUUAGGGCUCCAAACGCCUGCUGUGCUGUCCUGGUUUGUAAAUGUGAUUACACAUUGUGGAGGAGAGGCCUCAUGGAGCUCCCAGCAUCCAGCCCUAACCACAGUUGGUAGCGUUAACUUAAGUUGAAUAUUUUACAUUCUCUCAUUGUACCAGAAUGAGUUGCUGAACAGCUUUCAUUUCGUAGUAGCCAAAAUUAGUCAAUAUAAUCACAUCACAAGCAAGUGGUUUUUGGGUUGUGGGGUUUUUUUUUUUAAUCCAACAUUUUUUAUUGAUCAAAUUUGUAAAAUGAGUCUCUUCUUUUAUCUUGUCUUUUAUGGUCCUACACUGACAUACAUUAAUUUAUUUUUCUUUUGGUUUAUUAAAUUUCUUCAAAUACCUUAAA